ACUCCCAAACUACCCCUCUGACUCUAUUAUCUUCCAAAACUACCCCUCUGACUCCAAUCUUUCCUAAUGUUGACUCUGCCAUCUCCCUCCAACUUCGACCUUGCCCCAAAUUUAACCUUUCCGCGUUUCUCUCUCUCUCUCUCCACCUCUGUAGACAUGGGUACUCUCCCUCUCUCUAAAAACCUUCUUUGCUUCUCUCUUGUACUAUGAAUACUUGCUGUCUCGGUUCCUUUUCAUGAUUCUGCUUUUGGGUUAUUCCUUUUUAAUACAAACAGUUUUACUGUUUUCUUGAUUGGUGGGGUUUUGUUCUAUGCUUUUCUUCGGGUAUUCCGUUCUUUGGUUCUCAACUUUGUGAGAUUCCCCAGUCCUUCUAGUAUUUCUUUACUAGUCGGUUCUUUCUUUCAACAAAAAAAAAAUUUUACAAAUUCCACUCCCCACAUGCAUGUUCUUGGCCCUUGUCUGAUCUGGAUUGGAUCACAGGGAUCUAUUUGUUAUUUUUCUAAUUGCAGAAGACCAGAAGAGGUGAGAGAAGCAGAGAGGUGGUGGGGUUCACUAACUGAACGAUGAGGGUGUAAUUCCAACUGGGUCUGAUUCAGUUCUGUGAAAAAAGAUUGCGUGGUAUUUUUUUCAAAUUGGUGAUAAUUCGGUCUCCGGGUCUGCUUUAUAUGGUGAAAUCAGUGAUUUGAACUGGUGAACUUGCUGUUUGGGUUGGGGUUGGAACCUAGUACUUGGUCUUAUUGGGAUUUGAGUUUGUAGCAGUUCUCAUUCUUCUUGUUGUGGAAAAGUAGGAACCUGCUAAUUAGUCUCUUUUUGGAUUCAAUUAGUACCUGCUCAUUCAUCACAUAGUACUGAUUUGGGAGAAGGGUUUGCUUACUUCUUGUUGUAGCUUUGGAUGAUUGAGUUGGUUUUGGUUAGUAUUUUCUGAGUGAUGGCGGCUAUAGAUGUUUCCAAGUAUAUUCAUAGUCCUGUGCAUAGGGCCAUAGCCAUGAAAGACUAUGCCAGCCUUAAGAAAAUACUGGCAGGUCUCCCCCGGUUUUGUGACCCUUCCGAGAUUCGCACUGAAUCAACGUCACUUGCGGAAGAACAAAAGGCUGAAGCAAUCUCAGCCGUUAUUGAUAGGCGUGAUGUACCUAAUCGCGAAACCCCUCUCCAUUUGGCUGUCAAGCUUGCCGAUGAGACUUCAACCGAAAUGCUUAUGAUUGCUGGAGCAGAUUGGAGCUUGCAGAAUGAGCAAGGGUGGAGUGCACUCCAAGAAGCCAUAUGUAAUCGACAAGAAGGGAUUGCUAGAAUCAUAGUUAGGCACUACCAGCCAUUGGCUUGGGCAAAAUGGUGUAGAAGGUUGCCGCGGUUGACUGGAACUAUGAGAAGAAUGAGGGAUUUCUACAUGGAAAUUACUUUCCAUUUUGAGAGCUCUGUCAUUCCUUUUAUAUCGCGGAUUGCUCCUUCUGAUACCUACAAAAUCUGGAAAAGGGGUGCGAAUUUGAGGGCGGAUAUGACUUUGGCUGGUUUUGAUGGUUUCAGAAUACAGCGGUCAGAUCAGACGGUUCUUUUUCUUGGCGAUGGGUCUGAGGAUGGAAAAGUGCCUCGUGGGUCCCUUUGCAUGAUAUCGCACAAGGAUAAGGAAGUAAUGAACGCAUUGGACGGCGCUGGUGCUCCUGCCAGCGACACGGAGGUGCAGCAAGAAGUGGCUGCGAUGUCUCAGACAAAUAUAAUCCGUCCGGGGAUAGAUGUGACCGAAGCAGUUCUUUUGCCACAGGUGACGUGGCGGCGACAGGAGAAAACAGAAAUGGUGGGUAUUUGGAAGGCUAAACUGUACGAUAUGCAUAAUGUGGUUGUGAGCAUCAAGUCCAGGAAGGUCCCAGGGGCUAUGACAGAUGACGAGUUAUUCUCGUCCUCGAACGAGAAUGAAACAGAAAGCGAAGAGCUUAAUGAUAUUCUUACAGAAGAGGAGAGAAGGCAACUUGAAGCUGCACUCAAGUUGGAUUCUUCAGAAUUAAGCAAUGAGAAUGGUGAUGGAAUUAUUGCCCACCGCCAUAGUUGUUAUGAGCAACGUGAUAUUCCCAUUGAGGACGUGGGUAGUUCUAGAAAUGGUGAGAAUAAGCAGGAAAAGAAAGGAUGGUUUGGAGGGUGGAGAAAACGGGAUACCAAGAAUGAAGGGCAGAAGAGGACGGCCCCACCAAGAGCUUCGUUAUCUGUGGAAGAGAAUGUUAGCGAUCUUCUUGGGGAUUCACCAUCACAAAGCCAGAACAGACCGGCAAGGCAUUCAGUUUCAGUAGAAAUUGUCAGCGGAAGGGAUGCAAAACCGUAUUCGUCUAUGAACUCUGAGAGUGGGAGCCGACGCAAGGAUGGAAGCCGUGAAAAUGAGUAUAAGAAAGGCUUGAGACCUGUCCUCUGGUUAUGCCCAAACUUUCCUUUGCGGACUGAAGAACUCCUGCCAUUGCUUGACAUACUGGCGAACAAAGUUAAGGCUGUACGUCGCUUGAGGGAACUUCUUACGACAAAACUUCCUUUGGGGACCUUUCCGGUUAAGGUUGCUAUACCAGUGGUUCCCACUGUCAGAGUGUUGGUUACAUUUACGAAGUUUGAGGAGUUACAACCACUGGACGAGUUCGCGACCCCUCCGUCAAGUCCAAGUGCUGCAGGCCGAGAGAGCCCCGCGAUGACGAUGAUGCAGUCCUCGAAUUCAUCGUGGUUUCAGUGGAUAAAAUCCCCUUACCAAAGGCCUAGUUCUUCCACUGGUAGUUCAAGCAGUAAGAUAGAUAAUAUUCAGGAUCCGUUUGCGAUUCCUCCUGAUUACACAUGGAUUACAGCCGAAGCUAAGAAAAAGAAAGCGCAAGAAAAGAGCAAAUCGAAGAAAGCAAGAAAUCAGAAUCAGUAGUACCAAUGGCGAUACUUGUUUCAUUUCCACUUAGUUCACUUUCGUUAUCAACAGUUGGUGGGGGUGCGCUUCUAUAUUGAAACGAUUAUCGUUUGGUAGGGUGAAAAUCUGGUAAAUUAUUGUGGGGGGUAUAAAAAUUGAAAAGAACUGUGGUUCUUACUAAAGCUUGUCACCAAUUUGGAAGAGUGAAUUUGUUUAUGGUUUCAUUUUGAUUCACUACAUUUCAUGUAUUCUUGCAAAAGCUGGGAAAAAAAAUUUGUGAUUUACUGAUGUGAUACACUGCUUUUGUAUACUGCUGAGAUAUAUUUGUUCAUUCGCUGAGGGCUGUGUUCCGUUCGAGGAUUUGUAAAAGGGUUUGUGGAAGGAAAAGAAAAUGUAACGGAUUUCUGUUCGAAGAUUGAAA